AUGCAUCACGAGAGGUUUUCCGGGGAAAGUCUGGAAUUUCACUCAGAACGUUCUUCUAGCAUUCUAUUGGCCAGGCGGGGAUACUCUCUGUUGCUCUCGGCGACAGAAGCAUUUCCUUGUUGUCUGCGUAACGAUGAACGGGACAAACAGGACACUUUAACCUACCUGCACGGUACAAGCCGUUCGUCCCACUUCUAUAAGAACCACACCAUCAUUCUGUUUAGAAGUCCUGGCAUGGCUACGAUGGCUAUGGCUACAAAUCACUCUUCGGCCCAGCCCUCCACCCCGCUUCUCCCAACUCACUACGGAAGCGCUUGCAUGCCGCCUGUCACUACCCCGUUUCCACAAGACGCGGACGAAAACCAACUUCCUGAGCUCUCCCAUUGGUACUCUCGUCCGGGAGUUCGCGUCUUUUUCGCAGCUUGGUUUUUGUUUUUCCUUCUCGCUUUCGCCGUUGUAGUAGGGACAGUGACAACUGCUCGUGACCCAUCCGAAUAUCCGGGCCACGACAACGAGUACCGGUUAUCGAACUUGUUGCAACAAAGGCCAUGGAGCCGAAUUUGCAUCUUCCCCUUCCCCCCACAAUCAGAACCAAUUUGA